UCAUCGUUUAGUCUCAUUUUCAGCCACAGGCACCACUGGCACUGACAGGAUGGCACAGCCGGAGUGGACGCAAAUCUUCCUGACGAAAACAAAUGAUCUUAAACAAGGAGACCCCUGGCGUCUGGAGUUUGAUGAAAGUCUUGUGCCUAACAGCCCGAACCCGGGCUGGCAGCAGUACAUCAGGAACUCAUGUGCAAGGUUCAAAUGCACCAAGUGUGGAAGAAGCUGGCCUUCCAACCGGGUGAUGGUGGUCUUCCACAUGCGCUUGAUGGACGGGAAGGGCGUGGUCAAGGUGAGGGCCUUCCGUCAGAACUGCAAGAUGUGCAGCGACGCUCCGAUGGAGAAGCCCAGCAUCACCUCUGAGAACAUCGACAUCCUCCUGGAGAAUCUGGUGGAGAAGAUCAGAAUCAAAUGCUACCAUGAAGACCUGGGCAAACCACACAGGCCUUUUGUGAGCCUGGAUGUCAAAAGUCCCCAUGAGCCUACUCAUUGUGAGGCCUGUUUGGCAGGCAUCUGUACUCAGAACUGAGCUUGUGUUGCUUUUAAGCCAGCCUCUCUGUUAAUUUAAAAGAAUAAUAAUAUUUAUCUCUGUCUUUUACUCAUAAUAGCAAAGCAUUUAUUGAAUAAGUCAUUCUGAGUAGUCAAGUGCAUGUAAGCUUUCAUAUUUAUUCUUGCUGGUACGAUCAGAAAUAUGAUCGAUAAAUAAAGCUUAUGCAAACAAUAA